AUGAAGCAAGACGACAGAGAGAGUUCAUCCCGUGAUCUGGAGCACCAGACGGGCGAGGUUUGUUCGCUGAAAAGCAGCAAACCCAGUCGGGAUCGAGUUGUGCUCAAACGCCAGAUUGGCUUGUGGGGUUGCAUCGCUCUGGUCGUGGGCGCGGUCAUCGGCUCGGGGAUAUUUAUCUCCCCUAAAGGUAUCCUACGAAACACCGGCAGCGUGGGUCUGUCCCUCUUAGUCUGGGUGGCCUGCGGUGUACUUUCGACCAUCGGAGCCUUGUGUUACGCCGAGCUGGGGACCAUGAUCCCGCGUUCUGGAGGCGAUUUCACCUACCUCCUGGAGAGCUUCGGCGCUGUGCCGGCAUUUCUACGAAUCUACACAUUGACCAUCGCAUCCCGCACGGGAACAUGCGCUAUACUCAUGAUCACUGCAGCCACGUAUUUGACCGGACCUUUCUUUGGGGAAUGCACCAUUCCAAGGGUUCUCAUCCAGCUGUUAGGAACGACAGUGCUAGCUACCGUGCUCUGCCUGAAUAGCGUGAGUGUCCCGUGGAGCAAUCGGGUUCAGAUUGUCUUCAGCAUCGCCAAGGUUCUUGGGCUAGUCAUCAUCAUCAUUGCAGGCUUUGUCCUUUUGAUUCAAGGUCAAGGGGAAAACUUUGAGAACGCAUUUACGCCGGUAAUUGAUGUUCCACCAGAGAGGAUUCCGCUGGCUUUCUAUUCGGGUCUCUUUGCUUAUUCAGGAUGGCAAUACCUGCCCUGUGUCACUGAAGAGAUGAUCAAUCCAUCAAGAAAUAUUCCACUAGGGAUCAUCGUAUCGAUGACCAUCAUAACUGUAGUUUACAUGAUGGUCAAUGUAGCGUACUAUGUGGUCAUUUCUCCAGUGGAGCUGCUGGCUUCAAAUGCUGUGGCCUUGACUUUUGGUGACCGAGUGCUUGGAUCUUGGUCUGCAGUUUGUUCGUUGGCUGUCGCUUUGUCUUGUAUCGGAGGUGUUAAUGGAGCAAUAUUUGCAACUGCCAGGUCUCUCAUGGUGUCAUCGCAGGAGGGCGUCACGCCUGAAGUUCUGGGGAUGAUCCACGUGCACUACAAGACACCUUUACCGGCGGCACUCGCUUUCUUCCCAAUUGUUGUGUGCAUGCUGCUUUUUGGAGAUGUCGGUACGAUACUCAACUACAUGAGUUUUCCUAACUGGUUGUUUAGCUGCCUGUCAUUUGCCAUCAUCCCAUACUACCGAUGGAAGCAUCCAGACAUGCCAAGACCAUUUAAGGUUCCAAUCAUUCUGCCCAUCAUCUUCAUUGCGUGCGGUUUGUUUGUACUGGCUGUCUCCCUUUACUCCUCGCCGUUGGAUUGUGGCAUCGGAGCCGCUAUCACCGUGACAGGGAUACCAGUCUACCUUCUAUUCGUUUGGUGGGAGAGUAAACCUAGCUGGUUCACAAAUGCACUCGACACUCUGACGUCAGUCCUGCAGAGAUUCCUCUUGAUAGCGCCACAAGAUACAAAAUCAGACUAGAGACAAUUCUGUUACAGCAGGAGCGUCAAUGUCCCAACACCACAGGCUUCAAUAUUGGUGCAACAAGAGACAAUGAACUCUCCGCGGAAUAACAUUUGAAUACAAUGGCACACUAUCUACGUGCUUGAUGUGUUUACUCUUGGGCGUGCGAUCUUCGACCUCUUGAAGUUUUGCCAACGGGAACACACUUCAACAAUACACAGUGCCUAUGAAAUAGCCUCAGUUUAACAGCGUCAAGUCUGUGCAUUCAGCUUUCUGACUUCUAAGACGAAAGUUUCCCUAAGAACUCCAGCCAGAGUUGCAGUCUGCCAGUCAACGCAAUGAAAGUAGUUUUCGUACUUCUCGCUCUUGGGAUAGCCUCCUGUGCUUGGGCGGCUGAUACCCACAGGCGCAUGCGCCGUGACCUGUUUACUGACUGGUUGUGGGGUUCGGACGAUACCGGAAGCAAGAGCAACGAGGAUUUCAAGCCAAGUCCGACACCUGGGCCGGAUCAGGAGAGGGAUAUCAACAGAACUCAGAAAAGUC